AUGGCGACGGCAUCCGUCACAGAUGAGGGCGUUCAGCCUUCGAUGGGUGUCCGCCUCGAGACGGAUUUUGAUGCAUUCUUCGAGAGGGAAGAUGCAGCAGCGCAGCUGCAACACUGGCGCGAGGAGAUUGCAUCGACUGUUCUCGGACUGCCUGCGUCCGAAAUUCAACUGGGACGCAUCAGGCGAGGUUCGCUGGACCUCGAGUUUGUUGUUGAGGGCAUCAGUGCACAAGAGCUCCAGCAGCGGCUGGACCGUGAGGCAGAUCGACUGCGGGCUUUGUUUCAGGAGCCUGUCCUGGAGGUCCGCGUAGAUGGUUCUUCCGGAACCGAGCCGGGAGGAGACUCGCGCCCUCAGGUCGGGCAGCCUGGGCCUGGGCCGCAAGGCCAAGGAGGCCAAGGAGGCCAAGGAGGCCACGGCCCGGUCCCAGCACUGCGGAGUCCAGUGCUUCGUCGGCCCCCCGCAUCGUCACCGCGGGAACAGCUGGAGGCGCGGAUCCGCGCUGCAGAAGCUGAAUAUGGCUUCGAUCUUUCCGUGCAAGAACGGCUGGCGCUGGACGCAGGACCUGUGCGCUUGCCGGAGAGGCUUCCCGACACGUCUCCUCCGAAGCUUCAGACUCUCCGGGACCGGGACCUCCACCGUCUCAACCAUCCAACGAGUGCUGAAGGGCCUCGGUUCUUGAUGAGGGACUCUUACUGGGACCAGCGUCAAGGCGAGCGAAUUCGCGAGCAACCCGAAGCAAUGUUUCGGCGCGGACUCUUGAAAGAAGAGUUUCAGGUGUUGCCUUUCCGUGCCAAACCUGUUCCAGUGGGGGUGCUGACCCCACGGAUGCAGGGCAGACGGAGUCGCUCCGCCGAGGGCCCCCGAGGUGUGGCGGUCCUGCGAGAUCGAGAGGAGCCUCCUUUUCGGGCGAGGCCCGUGCCUUGGCGCGUCUCGACACCCAUGUAUGAGCAGCUCUUGCUGGAAGAGAGGGAGGCAAGACACACUCGAUGCCGAUCGCGCAGCCUGGAGCUGCUGCGCUCCGCUUCCUUACCGCCUCGAAUGGAGGCUCUCCGCCGGCUGGAGCAGGAGCGCGGACAGGGAAGUCGCUCGCCUGGCCGCGCGGGGCCUUGGCAUGGGGAACCCUACAGCGCCCGUCGCUGGCUGGCUUCCGAGGCCCAACAGGCUUCCCGAGACAGCGCUGGCAGAAAACUCGGCUUGGGUCCCGAGUAUGGAUACACUGCCCCAGCAGUGGCAGCAAGAGGCGAUGUCGGAACAGCCGCUUCCAGGGGGAGCCCGCUGCCGCGGUCCGGAGCCGCCCGACCGCGCAGUGCUUCGGCGCCGCGCCGGCCCGAACCACGAACUACGACGGCAGUGACAGAGGUGCCAGACUUUGCCGCUCGCCACGAACACAUGCAGCAGCAGCUGGAGAGGCGAAAGUAUUUGAAUCGCUACGUGACCCAGCCGGAACCCUUCGUCUUCUUUACACCUUCACGAAGCGAGACUCGCCAGCCGCCAAUGCCGAAGGAUCCAGGGGAGGAUUGGCGAUACCAUCGGAGAGCAGCUGGCCGGCCGCAGUCCCAAGGCACAACAGAAGCCAGGGGUCGGCGAGCAGUUCGAGCGACUGGCGCUGACAUCAAGCAGCGAAGCACGCAAAAGGUCUUGAGCAGUCAGCUAGCAACGAUGAGAAGGCUGCAAGAGAAACGCGAGAAAGAGCAACGUGAAAGGGAAGAGCUGGAGCAGGCGCAGGCAGUGGACGAGGAAAUGAAGGAAAGAGUCAAGCAGGCAGUUGGCCCCAUUGAACCGAUGGCAAAGAAGAUCGAGCGCAUGGUGGAUGACAAGCGGCGCGGGCUGCAGAGAGUCCAGAGCCAGAAGAGAAAGGACAUCGACAUGAUGCUCCAGCGUGCCAACAACAGACCAUUGCUCAUGCAGCAGGCCGACACAGUCGAACGGGCGCGACGCAGAGCCCUCUUUCGCGUUCGCAAUGCUCUGAGACAGGCGGGUGUGCGCGAUGUGAACCGCAUCCCGGCUCUCAACCACGACCCCUCUGGGUUUGUUGAGGGUCUUGUCUUGAAUCUGCCAUGCAAUAAUUGGCUAGGUCAGUUCUAG